GAUGAAACGAUUGUCGCCGACGAUCGAUUGUCGAUCGUUUUUGGGUGUUCGAUUCCGAUUAUUGAUUACGUUUUUCAUAAUCGAUUGUCGCCCAAAUAAACGUGUACGAAUUGAACGAAACAAAUACGUACGCAUUAACAAUAAACAUAAAACGAGGUCAACUCAAAAUGGCGUCCGAAGUUAACAACAACCAACUUCAAGUAGAACUAGAAAUUUUCCCAUAUCCAGGGAAUACAAAAUCUGUUGUAUGGAAGUAUUUCGGAUUUCUUAAAAAGACUGAUGGGCCGCCGAUAAAAGCUAAUUUGGAUAUGACAACAGCGAUUUGUCGUGUAUGCAGAAAAAAAUAUGCGAACAAAGGAAACACGACAAAUUUUAGAGUGCACAUUGACAGUGAACAUGGCGGUGAAUUAGAACCGAAAAUAAAAUCCAAUAUCCAGCCUCGUCUUGAUAACUUCGUUAAAUCUAACAAACCUGUCGGAAAAAUAAGCCCAGAAAGGCAGUCAACGAUUGAUGAUGCCUUGAAUAAGUUGAUCAUUGGCAAGGCUUUACCUGUGAGCAUAGUCGACAACAUCUACUUCAGAGCAUUUGUGGAACUCCUAGAUCCAAGAUACAAGGUACCUUCAAGGCCAACUGUCAUCAAACGAUUAGAAGAAAAAAAGUUGAAAGUAGAAGAACAACUAAAAACCCAGUUGAGACUUUCCACAGACAUUUCCAUUACACAUGAUGGCUGGACAAGCCUAAAUACAAAAUCUUAUUACACAACAACUGCACAUUUUAUUGACAAUGAUUGGUGCCUUCAAAGUGCUGUUUUAGGUACCAUAAAACUUGCAGGAAGUCAUACUUCACAAAACAUUGCAAAUGAACUUAAAAAUACUCAGGACCGUUGGUCCCUUCCAGUGCCAACAGCAACGUCAGACAAUGCUGCAAACGAACAAAAAGCCUAUGAAAUAUUGGGUUGGAAUAGAUUUGGCUGCUAUGGCCACAGGAUCAAUUUGGUAGUGAAAAAUUCUCUUACAUUUCCUGAGGUUAGCAGAGUAUUAGGGAAGGCCAGAACACUUGUAGGAUUUUUUCAUAAAUCCAGUAGCAUGACAUCUAUGCUGCAUGAUAAACAGAAGCUUCUCUUCAGUGACAGUAAAGUAGGGCACAGGCUUUUGAUUGAUGUGGCAACUAGGUGGAAUUCUACCCUGUAUAUGCUACAACGUCUCCUAGAACAAGCACCAGUACUUAUGGCUUUGGCUAAUGACCCUUCCUUACCUAAACAUGCCAGCACAACUCUUAAGAACUCCGUUUUCAGUUUUGAAGAAUUGACCAUGGUUGAACAUUUGGUUAAAAUUCUGUUACCCUUUGAAAAAGCCACCACAAUAGUUUGUGCAGAUCAACACCCUACCAUGCAGAAAGUCCUUCCAAUCGUUACAAAACUUAUGCGGGCAACUGAGAUAUCAGAUGAGGACUCGGCAGUAAUCAAAAAGAUUAAACAAAAGAUGCAGGCAGAAUUGAAUAAAAGAACGCAGUCAGAGGAUAUUUCUCUCUUGGCUUGUUUACUGAAUCCUUUUACGAAAGGACUGGACUUUGCACCUGAAGAGAGAGAAAGAGCACAUAGUCUUCUUAGAGGAUUUGUCUGUGGAAUUACCCUAGUAAAGAAAGAGAAAGAGGCACCUACAGGAGCAGAGAAAGAUACUGAUUUUCCACCACUUCCUGCACUUCCAAAUUUACCUGAUGAGAACACUGAGGAGAAUACUGCAAGUGAGUCAAACAGAGUGGAAGAUCUUUAUCAACCAUCAACUGCAAAAAAAAUGAAGUCAGUGGACACUGAUGACUGGCUGGAGGAUGUAGUAUGUACUGGAGAGAGUAAGGAUGUGGAAAAUGUAGCAGAAAAAGAACUUGAAAGAUAUAUCGGUUGUCAGGUUGAGAUUGAAGAUCACAAUUUAACCAUCUUAGAAUGGUGGAAAAAGAAUGCUGUAUUUUUCCCACGACUUUCCAUACUGGCCAAAAAGUUUCUGGCUAUUCCUGCUUCCUCCGUAUCAUCGGAAAGGGUCUUCAGCCUUGGGGGACAAAUUGUUUCUAAAAAGCGAUGCAGAAUGAGCCACAAUAAUGUCGAUCUCUUUAUAUUUUUGAACAAAAACAUUAAGUAUUGGUAAUUUGGUAGAUCAUGUGCAUAUAUUACUGUUAAUCUAGUCAUUACAUUUUUAGUUUUUUAUCACUUUUUAUGAGCAAAUAUGUUAAAAAAAAAAUUCUGUUUCUUUGUUACUUGUGCAACAAAAAGUUGUUUUCAGAAUAAACUUGAUAAAAUUUUAUUUUUAGUUUGUUCCAUAAAUGAUAAAUGCUAUAA